GAAAGACAGGAUGGUAUAAAGCAAGAGACCAGACACUGCUCUGCCACAGUUGCUCUGAGGUCCUGAGAGAGAGAAGGAGUACACACUCUUCUUCCCGCUUCUCGCCUGUCCGCCUCUCCUAAUACUUGAAACAAGAGACGCCUCACUUCGCCACCCGCAGGUUCCAGAGGAGUAAAUAUAACAAAGAGGGUCUCUUUCCCCCUCCUCCUUCAUAUUUUGCAAAGAUCUGUUGCACAGACCAGAAGAGAUCCCUUUGAGGAGUGUUUCUUCUCUCAUCCUAAUUCCACUGAGCAGAACAUGGCCAGAAGUCCCACUCUGACUCGGACUGUCGUACCAUUUGGGCUACUCUUCCUAGUGCAUGGAAUCCAUUGCUUUUUCUUGCCCAAUGCUACCGAUUUGGAAAGCAUCCUGAGUAGAUACCAGGAGGAGCAGCCCCACUCAAGGACCAAGAGAGCCAUUUCUCGAUCGGACAAAGAAGAGAUUCUAAUGCUUCACAAUAAACUGAGAGGCCAGGUCUACCCUUCAGCAUCCAACAUGGAAUACAUGAGAUGGGACGAUGAGCUGGAGAGAUCAGCAGAGUCCUGGGCCCAUCAAUGCAUUUGGGAUCAUGGGCCUGCCACCCUCCUUAUGUCUAUUGGUCAAAAUCUGGCUGUUCACUGGGGCAGGUAUCGCUCUCCAGCUUUCCAUGUCCAGUCUUGGUAUGAUGAAGUGAAAGAUUAUACCUAUCCCUAUCCCCACGAAUGUAAUCCCUGGUGUCCAGAGAGAUGUUCAGGACCGAUGUGCACCCACUACACACAGGUGGUCUGGGCCACGACAAAUAAGGUUGGCUGUGCUGUGAACGUCUGCAAAAGGAUGGACGUGUGGGGCCAAAUCUGGGAGAAUGCUGUCUACCUGGUCUGCAACUACUCUCCUAAAGGCAACUGGAUCGGAGAAGCCCCUUAUAAAAACGGCAGGCCGUGUUCUGAAUGCCCGCCUAGCUAUGGAGGAAGGUGCCAGAAUAAUCUCUGUUACAGAGGGGUGAAAAAAGAUGACGGUUACGUCCAAAAACCCGAGACCGAAGAGACCAACGAAGUGGAGACGCCCCAGGUGUCGGACAGCAAACCUGUGUGGAAGCCCAAAGCCACAAAACCUGUGAAAGAAAAGCCAACCACUGUGUCUUACAUGACACAAGUGAUCAAGUGUGACACCAAAAUGAGGGAUAAAUGCAAAGGAUCGACAUGUAACAGAUACCUGUGUCCUGCUGGCUGCUUGAACAAUAACGCAAAAGUGUUCGGAACCUUCACCUAUGAAAGCUCAUCCAGUAUAUGCCGGGCUGCCAUCCAUUCUGGGGUGCUGGAUAACAGAGGAGGCCUAGUAGACAUCACCAGGAAAGGCAGAGCAGAUUUCUUUGUGAAGUCUUCAAGAAAUGGCAUCCAAUCAUCAAGUAAAUUCAAACCUUCUAAUUCCUUCAUUGUUUCGAAAGUCACAGUGCAGACUCUGGAUUGUUACACCACAGUAGCAGAGCUUUGCCAGUUCAAGAAGCCAGCCACUCAUUGCCCAAGGUCUUACUGUCCAGCUUACUGCAAAGAUGAGCCAUCCUACUGGGCACCAGUGUACGGCACCAACAUUUAUGCAGAUAAUUCCAGUAUCUGCAAAGCUGCUGUGCAUGCAGGGGUCAUUGGGGACACCGCUGGUGGGUACGUGGACGUGAUGCCUGUGGAGAAGAAGAAAUCCUACAGUGGCUCUUCGAAGAAUGGGAUCCAAUCUGCAAGCUUAAAGACACAGACAGAAGGAAACGCCUUCCGAAUCUUUGCCGUGAAGCAAUAAAUUUCCAAGAAACGGAACCCUGUCUGUUGGGAGGAGGAUGCGGCGCUAUUCCUAAGCCAUGGGAAGCCCACACAUGAUGGUGGCCGGUCCUGGCAUGUAGUACGACGAAGCCCUCUUGGUCAAAACUCUGGCUGCCGGAAUCACAUUCUGACUUAACUAUCCACAUCCCAUUGGUGUCAGCUCAGUGUUUUAUUAUUAUUAAUAUUACUUUCAAACAUUUAGGGUCAGAUUUUGAGAGCGGAGUGUUCAACACCUUAUUCUCUGGCGUGCAGCUUAGAUUGCUCAAAGACAAGAGCUUUGCACUUCAUGGAAUGAACCUACCGCUUAAGGGUGAAUGUUAGCUUGAAUAACUAUGGAGGCCUUGCUAUGUGUGUGAUAGUUUGUGUGUGUGAUUGGGUGUGUUGGAGAGAGAGAGAGAGAGAGAGAGAGAGAGAGAGAGAAUCCAAGUAUCUCUGGAUUCUUUUCUUGGGUUAACAACAGGUCCAUUAAAUGCAGUGCUGAAACAACAUGUGGUAGACUGUUCUGUGGAUAGUGCAAAAGACACACCUAGCUGUCGGAAAAACAAAGCACCAUCUCUGUAAACCGGGAAUUUCUCUCAAACAAAGGGAAAAAAUGUGGAAUAGCUGGGUUUGCUGGCCAAACAUUUGCAGGAAGUUAGGAAGGUUUGGGGUGUUAAAAAUACAUCAAGGAACUAGAACCCCUGUCCAGGCACAUUUCGAUUGGUAGUACGUUAGACAGCAUUGUUUUAUUUACAAUUACCUACAAUUUAUUUUAUUCAGCAGAGCUGGUCAUAUCUUAAUUAUGCAGUGAUCUCUAGAAGUUGAUCUUUAUUUUGUUAGAAAUUUACAGAGCGUUUGCUUUGCCCCUGUUUUUGUACAGAUGUGGGGCUUUAUUUUAUUAUUAUUAUUAUUAUUAUAUAUAUUAUGUAUGUUGGGGUUAACCACAACAUAUAUAUUAGAGAAUUAAUAGAUCUGGUUUGUUUCCUUGUAUUCAGUAAUUAUAUAUUUAGAUCCCAUGCAGAUCCCAACUGCCUCCAUGAUGAAUGGAGUUGUAACAUUAACCCAGCUAUUUCAAGGGUUGGAUUUUAAUCCUUUAUCAUUCUCACACCCCAAACCCCCCAUUUAAAACCUUUUAAAAUCCAGCCCAAUCCACAGCUGGGAUCCAAAGAGCUUGCUUUUGUCUGCCUGCUGGGAAUUUGGACAGCAGUUCCUCUAAUGUCCAGGCUCUGAGUGUCACAGAGCACUUGGAAAGUUUUUAU